UACCUACCUCUCUGUUAAGACAUUUUUGCUGUUGUUGUCGUUGGAUUUUUUCAUUCAAAUUCUCUCCCUUCAUGCAGUCCUGAUUCCAUCAUUUCCUUUCCUUUCCUUUCCUUUCGCCGCUGGUUUCAAAGGAGAGGUGAUGCCGCCGAAGCUAGGCCCUUUCCUUCGUCGUACGCUGGAGGAGAUAAGGAGGCUAAAAUCUCUUUCAAAGAAACAGCUGCUCAGGGAUGGGGAAAAAUUAAAUACCCUUUCAAAGAAACAGCUGCUCAAGGAUGAUGAACAUUCUAGACGCAAUUCUGACAAUGAAAAUGAUCGGAUGAGUGUAUCUUCUGAAAAUGCAGGGUCUGCAACGGUGGCACCAGCACCAAUAGAGACAGAUGAAAUAUUGGUUCGAGCAGAGGCUAAAAAGGUGGUUGAAAAUGAAGGAAUACAGGAGGAGGUGGUGGAGGCAGUGAUGGCGGCGAUAAAGAAGAUGGCUUUGGAAGAAACGAAUGCUGAGGAAGAGGAUAAGGAUGAAGAUGAAGAAUACGGAAGGCUUAGGAGGUUAGAUGGUGAGUUUCUCUAUCCUGCGUCGCCGAGUUUCAGAGUAUACUGCGUCGACACAUUGGAAAAUGAGGAUCAGGAGAAGGAAGAUGACACAAAGACAGAAGACUUGCAGAGGGAUGAGAUUGUUGAUCCUUCAAAUUCCAGUGAGGGAUCUGUGGCAAAGAAAACACAAAAAAGAGGAAUGAAAUUUAGGAGCGUGUUACCUAGGGGAAUGAAAUCUUGCUACUAACCAACUUCUUGUUGCACCCACCCAUGUGGGUUCAUGUCUAAUUGCUGCAAAAGCACACUUCGUGAUGAUGCUAGGUAGAAGAACAAUGCAUGCCCUUCCUUUUUUUUCCUUCUUGUUUUCCAUUUCUUGGUCAUGGUAAGCAAAGUUGGUUCACCUACCACAAUAAUGAGGCACGAUAACACAAAUGAUUGGAGAAACUAAACCUCUUUGGCUUAACCGAUUCUGCUCUAUGAAGAGGACAAAUGUUGUUUUCUUCUCUUUUGGCCACUUAGGCCAUCAGUGAAAGCUAUAAGAACCAACUAAAGUACUGUCAUUAAG